AUGACAUCAAACGAUUCAAAAGUUGAUGACGAAAACUCUGUUCGUCACACAAUUUUAGAAAAAAUCAAUGCUAAUAAUCAGGAUAUCAAUACAAAUAAGGCACCAGAUAUCAACGAUUUUACUAUAGUAAAACCCAUUAGUCGUGGUGCUUUUGGUAAGGUAUUUCUUGCCCACAAAAAAAAUAAUAAGGAACAAAUGUUUGCAAUAAAAGUUAUGAAGAAAUCCGACAUGAUAAAUAAAAAUAUGGUCGCUCAAGUUGUUACAGAAAGGAACGCACUGGCUUUAUCUAGAAGCCCAUUUUGUGUACAUUUGUUUUAUUCAUUACAAUCUGUAUCAUCUGUGUACUUGGUCAUGGAAUAUAUGGUUGGUGGUGAUUUAAAAUCUUUGUUGGGAGUUUAUGGAUUUUUAGAAGAGUCAAUGGCAGUUUUCUAUGUGGCUGAAGUUACUCUAGCAUUAGAUUACCUACACAAACAUAAUAUAAUUCAUAGAGACCUAAAACCUGAUAAUAUGUUAAUAUCUAAGACUGGGCAUGUUAAACUCACAGACUUUGGUUUAUCUAAAAUUGAAAUACACAGAGAUUUGGAGAUUUCUGAUUUUGUCACUCAUACACCAAGUUUAAACAUGAGAACACCUGGUCAACUGCUGUCAUUGACAUCACACCUAUCUUUUGGUUCAGGCGGAGGAGACAGCCAGCACAGCUCUGUUGUAGAUGCCUGUGAGAACCUUCUUGAUGAAAUUAGGGAGACUAGUAAAAUGAAAAAUAUGUUUGAGGGGCUCAGUGGAUUGGAAAAUUCUGCAUCAGUGGACCAUUCACAGUUAUCUGGAAUACAUCCAUUCAUAAGUGCUGAAAGUAUUAGUUUGGAUGAAAUAGCUGCAAAUUCAGGAUCAGAGACCGCAAGCUCCUACUAUACAUGCGAAAGUUCUAAAAAUAGUACUAAUUCAAAGAGUAACAAGUCAACUGAUGUUAGCAGCAAUAACGGCUCCUCAGUAGAAUCAACAGUGCUGACAGAUACUCAGCUUGAUCAUUCAACGUCUCCACUAUGCAGAGGCCAGUCUUUGAAAAGGAUACCUAGUUUUCGAGCAAAGAAAAGGAAGAGAAUAAUUGACUGUGAUGGAGAUACACCAACUGGUGUAACAAGUCUUUUAGAAUGUAAGGAAAACCACAGCGGUCUUACUCAGGAGAUUAUGGCCUUGGAACUCAGUCAAAACACACCUAAACGAAUAUCAAUACACCCAACACCUGAGAGGAAAAUAAAUCCCAUAAAAGGUGUAUUAAAGAAAAGGUGGGCUUCACAAGAUGACAGUCAUCAUUUUAAUGUGGGAGUAAUAUUUUCCACACCAGUAUCAAAUAACAAAUCUCCAGGUUGUAAAAAGCGGCAGAAAGCGACUCGCUUCAAUCUACCAAUUGAUGAAUCAUUGUCUGGAACAAAGGAGAAAUCUUUUACAUUUAGCAAACAUGUGUCCACUAGUUUAGAAAUUUUCCCUACGAGAAGAUUAAGUAAGGGUGAGGCCACUAAUAGAUCUCCAACUGAUUUAUGUAAAACUCCUUUAGCAACUGCACAUACUCCAUAUAGAACACCUAAAAGUGUGAGACGAGGCAAUCAAAUAUCGGAUCAAAGAAUUUUAGGUACUCCUGAUUAUUUGGCUCCAGAACUACUUUUAAGGCAGGGCCAUGGACCUCAGGUAGAUUGGUGGGCGUUGGGUGUGUGUCUCUACGAAUUUAUGACAGGAGUACCUCCUUUUAAUGAUGAGACCCCUCAAGCAGUUUUCAAAAACAUAUUGUCAAGAAAUAUAGAAUGGCCAGAAGCAGAUGAAGCAUUGUCACCUGAAGCAGUAAGCGCUAUAGAAGCCCUUCUCACUAUGGAACCCACAGACCGGCCUGCUGCAAAAGAAGUACGGGUGAUGCCAUUGUUCCGAAAUGUUGACUGGGAGAAUCAGCUAAAUAAGCAGCCACCGUUUGUACCAACACCAGAUGAUCUGUUUGAUACAGGAUACUUCCAAGCCAGAAACAUCUUGCAGCAAUUACAUGUAUCAAAUUUUGACAUGUAA